AUGGCCACGACGCCCCAGGUCCUUGAUGAGCCUGCUGCUGCGGUGGUCACGUCGGUGUUCCAGCCAGGGAAGCUUGCCGUCGAGGUGAUCUCAGUGGAUCACGAUGCCCGGCCAACGCCGCCGAUCCCCAUCCUGAUCGCUGCUCCCAAGGAUGAUGCCGGCACCUACCCCGUCGCCAUCCUCCUGCAUGGCUUCUUCCUCCAGAACCGCUACUAUGAGCAGCUCCUCAAGCACGUUGCCUCCUUUGGCUUCAUCAUGGUCGCACCACAGUUUGCCUUGGCCGGGCACAACCGAGGUGGCCACACGGCCUUCUCACUGGCCCUAGGGUAUGCCAACACCAGCACUAGCCUCAAGUUCUCUGUGCUCAUCGGGCUCGACCCCGUCGCUGGCACUGGUAGGUCCUCGCAGCUCCCACCAGCGAUCCUCACCUACGAGCCCUCGUCGUUUGACAUCACCGUGCCGGUGCUGGUCAUUGGCACCGGGCUGGGCGACGAGAGCGAGAACGCGUUGUUCCCUCCCUGCGCCCCCGUGGACGUGAACCACACUGAGUUCUACCGCGAGUGCAGGGCUCCGUGCUACCAACUGGUGACCAAGGACUACGGCCACCUCGACAUGCUAGACGACUAUGCUCCCAAGCUUGUCACCUGCCUCUACAAGGAAGGGAGCAGCUGCAAGGACGUGAUGAGGAGGACCGUCGCCGGGAUCAUGGUCGCCUACUUCAAGGCCAUCAUGGGCGAGGAAGAUGGUGAUCUCAUGGACAUACUCAAACACCCUGGGCUCACACCGACGACACUGGACCCUGUCGAGUAUCGGUUGGCAUGA